GUCGCUUUCGUGUUUGGAUGGCGAAUCACCAAAAGCUCGUGGAGUUUUGUUUGUAAUUUACGCAAACCGAGUUUUUUUAUUCAAACUUGGCAGCGAGCAUAUACAAGCAUAUUCUUGCUUCUGUGUUUGCCUGGUGAUGGCGUUGAGAAGGGAUCGUCGAGCAUGUAAGUUCUUUCAACCAGUAGCGGCCUUAGUUAUGGUGACAGCGACGAUGUUUAUAGCUGCUGCUGCAGCUCAGGCCUCUUGCCCCGUGGGAUUCGACUAUCUCAGCAAAUUCCCGUCGACUCUGCGUUCGUGCGAUCAGACCAACCUCCAGACCAACGUGACCGUCUGCUGCUCCGCUCUGCUCAACUCAUUGGGUAUCGCUCUAGCCGAGAAUCUCAAGACUACAGGUGGAUUUGAGUUCAGGGACAACGCCACCGCAACUGCCUGCUUAGCCGACUUCCAAUCCAACCUUACGAUAAACAAUGUGCAGCAGAACUUCGUGAGCACCUGCUUCCCAGUCCCAUAUGAAAGUCCAUCGCGCUUCAUUCAAAGUCCGGAUCUCUGUGCUGGGAUAACCACGACGGCCGACUGGGACAGAGUAGUGGGACAGACUCCCAUGGACAUUUCGUGCCGUGGGGAUUUAUCCAGUGGUGCUGCUUGCCAGAGCUGCGUAGCCGAUGCGGAAGAGGUGGUGAGGACGCUGAACAGCAUUUCUCCGGGUCGACUGGAGUGCCUGUACUUCACAGUCCUUUACGCAGCAGGGGUGAUAAACGAUCGAGGUCCAUCGGAACCUUCGACAGUGGAGUGCUUGCUGGGGAUAAACAUCGCCGGCACGCUUGCCACAGGCGGCUCUUCAAGCCGCAGUUUGAGAAUAGUCUUGCCGGUGGUGCUUACUGGAGCAAGCGUGGUUUUCCUGAUCGUUAUAGGUGGCAUCAUUUGGAAGUUGUACACCAAGAACAGGGCAAUGGAGGACGUUCUUUUAUCAGAGCUCGGACCAACCUACACCGCCAGCAACGGUUUGAAGCUCGCAAACCUUUUGCCAAAUACCGGGCUGGUGGUUUUCAAGGCGAAGGAUCUGAAAGCGGCUACCAACAAUUUCUCGCACAGUAAGUUGGUCGGGGAGGGAGCCUCUGGCCGAGUAUACAGGGGUGUUCUCCGGAGACGAGGUGAGGUUGCCGUCAAGGUCAUGAAACAGAGCUGCCUGCACGACUUUUACGACGACGACGAGAAGAAAUUCCUGGAGCAGAUGAAACUCGUCAACAGCUUUAAGCACAAAACGCUGGUGCAGCUGCGGGGCUGUGCGAUCUCCGACGCGAAGCAGGGGCUACUCCUGAACCAGCAGAGCAGGAUCAUGGUCGUCUACGACUACAUGCCAAACGGCAACCUCGACAACGCGCUCUUUGGCAGCAGGUUCUUGUCGUGGCCGCUGCGAAGGAAGGUCGCCGUGGACAUUGCCAUCGCGAUCAAUUACCUCCACAACGAGCUGCAGCCAGGGGUCAUCCACCGGGACAUAAAACCGAGCAACAUCCUACUCGACUCGGGCCUCAACGCGCGGCUGGCCGACUUUGGCCUGGUGAAAGCGGUACCAGCGGCCGGAGUCCCGGCCCCAGCAGACACACCACCACGGAAAAGCGCCACCUCGGUGGCCGGGACGCCAUUCUUCGUGGCACCGGAGUACGCUCUCUACGGCCACCUGACGCCAAAGUCGGACGUUUACGGGUUCGGGAUGGUGAUGCUGCUGCUGCUCAGCGGGCGAAGGCCGAUGUUUCACGCACCCGAGGCGAGAAGCUCGCGAGAAAAACUGGAGGGAGAAGUUGCCAGCGCCAGGGACGAACAGGUUCACGUAGCGGACUGGGCGUGGGAGCUGGUCCGGCGCGGCCAGAGCAUCGAGGUGGUGGACGAGAGGGUGAGAAACGCGGGGCCGUGGAGCGUCAUGGAGAGGUUCGUGGUGGUGGCGCUGCUGUGCGCUCACCCGCUGGUGGGCGUGAGGAUCGGGAUUGGCCACGCGCUCGCGAUGCUCCAGGGAGAUAUGGAGCUGCCUAGCUCGCUCCCAGAUCGGCCCAGGUACGCCACGGCCGGAUGGUGACGGCGGUAUCAUCCUGUGCCACGUGGGACCACGUAGGACGAUGACGUGUUAGAAUAUACCUUCCGAAAACUGGGGACUUGGCAAGCAAGGUAGUUGCCACUGGAUUGAAAGUGCGUUUAACUUCUCGGGUGGAUCGUGGCAACACUCCCUCUGUCACUGCCACGGAUUUGCAGCUCCCGACACAUCCAAUUGUAUUUCCAAGGCCCAUGAUCGGGCACAAAAGGAGGAUAGAGGUCUCUAUUAGAGAGGAGAGAUUCAAGGCUUAGCACUGCGCGCUCUCUACCGCCUAACAGGCGACAGCCAGAAUUCUUGAUCGGCAGCUAAUCCAUGCUCGAUCAAAGGCGAGAAAACCUGAUUGAUCUGUGCGUCCGCGCACAACCUCACGGCCAAUUCGAGCCGAGAAAGAAGAAUCGGGUGGUGUUACGUCGUUCGGAGGUGUAUUUUGACACGUCAUCAUCCUGGCACAAAAUGUUCAUAAA